CUGACCACCACCACCACCACCACCGCCGCCAUCAGCUGACGAGAUAAACAAACCUCAAAUCUUUAAAAACCUCAACACUUUUCCUUCCCCUGGCCACAUUUCCCACAAUUCCUUCUUGCUGAGGUGGAGGAGGAGGAGAAGAGGGGCCAGGGAGGAAGUGUGGAGGAGGAAGAGAGGAGAGGAGGUAAAAUGGAGGAGGUGGAGGAAGAAAUGUCUGUUUUGAGUCAGCUGGUGGACAUUGAAAUCGGAAGGAGAGAAAAAAGACCAUUGUGUUCCAGGUGUAGCCGGCAGGGGGUGUGCUGGUGUGGGGGGCUCGGGGGGGCUGUGGUGGGGGUGAGGAGCAGGGUGAUAGUUCUGCAACACCCCCACGAAGAGAAAAGGUGUUUGAGGACAGCCCCGAUGUUGUCAGCCUGCCUGCCUCCCUCUCAUUGUUUGAUCCUCAGGGGUAAACGGUUUCCCUUGUCCAGGUUCCCCGAGCUUGCCCCGAUCUUGGCGAGCCCCGAGACCAUCCUCAUGUACCCGGGGGAGGGGGCUGUGGACCUGGAGGGGCUGAGGAGGGUGGGGUUCGGGGGACAAGCUCCCUAUAAUGUCAUAAUUCUGGAUGGAACUUGGCAACAAGCUAAAAGUAUUUAUUUUAACUGCCCAGCCUUGCAUUCUGUAAGACAGGUGUGUCUCUCUGGCAAAUAUACAAGUGAAUAUGUCAUCAGGACUCAACCAACACAAGACGCUCUCUCUACAGUGGAGACAGCUGCCAUCUCUCUUGCCACUCUGGAAGACAACUGGGCCCUUUAUGACACCCUUGUGGAGCCCUUGCGUGUGUUGUGCCGUCACCAGAUUCAGCACGGCGCGGUUGUCCAUGAGAGCAAGGAGGAGAUGAUUGUGACUGGCCGCUGCAGAAAACCUAUUGGUCGACGAACCUACAAAAAAUUAAUUAAAUGCGGCGCUAGGCAUUCUGAAACCCUCCUAGCCUCCAUGGUGAUGACUGGUGGUGCUCUGGAUCCUGACAUCACCACUGGGACCGCUAACUCACCACACAUCACCACUGGGGGCUCAAAUAAUGGUGAUAAUGACGUAGACUCAAGUUUUUGUACAUAUCUAAGGGAAAGUCGUGGUGGUGGUGGUGCUAGUGGUGAUGUGGUGGUGACGCAGACUGGUGGUGAUGCUGUGGUGACUGGUAAGCGAGAUAUUGGUGUGUUGGUGAAAGAGGAGGAGGAAGAGGAGGGAGUGAAGAAAGAGAGAGAGAGAGGAGAGGAGAGAGAGGAUAAAGAAUUGAAGAGAGAGAGAGGAAGAGAGGAGAGAGAGAUUAAAGUGAGAAAUAUUAGCGCUCAUGUCUCUUGGGAACUGAGGUGAGGAAGAGGAGGAGGAGGAGGAGGAGAAGAAGAAGAAGAAGAAGAAGAAGAGGAAGAGGAAGAGGAGGAGGAGGA